CACCAAUGUAAAAUUUAGUUGGCUGCCAACAAACCUCCGGAGACUGGGACUUUCACUGAAGAUUUUACAGAUAAGACUGGAGUUGCCCAUUCAUUGGGAUAUUUGUUAGUGACGAAGGAAUGGAGGACGUCGAUAGAUGUGAGGAGGAGCUUAUUGAGUAUGCCAUUCGAGAGAGUAUUCGAGAUGUAUCAAUAGACAGCAUGCCAACAGUCAGUGGUGACUAUCUGAGGAUAGUGACUGCCAUCGAGCAAGGUGAUGUGUGUACCCUGCAGGAGCUGUCUGGGUUGCAGGCUUUCACAGAGAGGGACAGCAGAGGGUGGCUUCCCCUACACAGAGCCGCUGUGCAGUCCCAGGGAGAGGUCUUGGAUCAGGUCCUGCUGGCUUCCUGUGAUGUGACUGUGGAUGAUGUGACUGCAGACGGUGACACAGCGUUGAUUCUGGCUGCUCAGGAGGGUCUGCUGGAGAACGUCAGGACUCUACUGCAGCAUGGAGCGUCUCCACACAAAACCAACAGCCUGAACGAGUCCCCACUGCUGCUCGCGGUGAGAGAGGGAUCAUAUGACAUGGUGUCCACUCUGAUCAUUUGUGGGGCCUUCGUGGAACAGGUGUGUCUGAAGAAGUGGAUGGCCAUUCACGAGGCAGCCAAGGUGGGCUGCAGUGCCAUCCUGGUGCUUCUGCUGAGACAUGGGGCCAAGGUGACAGCUGUAGAUGGGCACAAUGUCACCCCGCUGGGCAUCGCAGCAGAGUACGCCCACGUGGAUGUCCUGGAUAUACUCAUAAAGAACGGUGGCGACGUGAACGCCCAGGCAUAUAACGGAGACAGUGUUCUGUACGAUGCAGCCGGCUCAGGGAACCUGGACUGCAUAUACCUCCUCCUGCAAGCUGGAGCCAACCCUAACAUAGCCAGUCUGGCCUGUCAGCUGCCCAUACACAGAGCUGCCUAUGAGGGACACAUCCUUGCUCUGAGGACCUUCAUCCCCAUCACAACUAAGAGAGCCAUCCGUCUGUCUGGCCAGAGCCCAGUCCACUCGGCAGCAGAUGGAGGCCAUGUUGACUGUCUGGAGCUGCUCAUAGAGAAAGGCUUCGAUGUCAACGCUCAGCUGGACACACACAUCUCAGAGAACUACGGAGACAUGAGGCGGAGUCCGCUGUACUUCGCCGUAUCCAACAGUGAUCUCACCUGCACAGAGAUGCUGCUGGCUGCCGGCGCCAAAACUGACCUGGACCCGCUACGCUGCUUCCUGGUGGCUGUACGCGCUGGGAGGUAUGAGCUGGUGCGUCUGCUAUUGUCCAGGGGUGCCGAGGUCAACUGCUACUUCAGAAUGAUCAGUGACACACUGUUUCCCACCGCGUUGCAGUACUGUCUCAGAGAUCACAUGAUUCUGCGCCUGCUGCUCAACAACGGCUACGACGUAGACAAGUGCUUCAUGUGUAACCAUGGCAAUGGGCAGGAUAUGGACUGCGACUCCUGGGUCGACUACCGAAAUAACCAUAGAAGAACUUUAUUUUAUAACCAGGACUGCAGAGCUCCGUUCUGUGAAAUCAUCUCCCUGUCGUCGGUGGUCAACCUGGCGGGGAGUGUGGUACGGAUGCUUCUGGACUACAUCAGACACCCACGUAUCUGCCCCAACCUCCUACGGGUCCUGGAAAAACAGAAAGAGUGGCCAGACAUCUGUGACAUUCUGGACAACCCGCGGUCCCUGCAGCACCAGUGUCGUUUGGUCAUUAGGAGACAGAUGACCCCUAGAAGACUGAAUGACCCUCAGGUCAUGGCUGCCGUACCGUUCCCCCCGUCACUCAAACACUACCUCACCUACAGGGAGAACGACGAGUAUGGUGGGUUGGCAGCCACAAACUCAUAGGGGGACUAUAUCAAUGAAAACAUAUUUAGAAGAAUAAAUGAUCCUGUUCUGUACAUAACUGAUCUAUCACAUAAUGCUUUAGCUCAUAUACUUAUGCUUAUAUGAAGUAUGGCAAGUGUACUUGUUGUGUAAUGUUUGUAAUAACUACAUUUAUUGUCACACUGAUAUAUGCUCUCUGAAUAGUCAGAAUAGUCCUUACCAUAGUACAUCUACUUCUACUAGACUGCACACAUUAGACAGCACAGCUGUGCAUCAUGGUACAGUGCAUGUAGUGUGAUCUACUCCUCAAGAUCUCCCCGUGGGAAAAACAGGACUAAAAAUAACUCUCAGAGCUCAUUCAGUUUAUACAUAGAGCUAAACACUCACUGGACACUGGUCUGAAUGACUCUGCUGCAAUGGACUGUUGACUUUUACAGUGACCCUGACACCUACCUGACUCAUUAGACCAGGGCUUAAAUCUUGAGAGAUCUAGACAUCCAUAUUAUCGAGGUUCUGGGAGUUAGUUGUGGAGCUCUGGAUCUGAGACUGUGUUGUCACUAGCCCUGUUUAUACCUGGUGCUAACAUGGAUUCUUUGUCCUGAUCUUGUCCACAUUCUGAUUGUGCCCACAUUUUUAGACAUGUGUAGACGAUUAAAAGAGGCAUUGUGAUCAGAUUUCCCUGACAACCUCCGGAGGUAGUCAGGCGUGCAAGUGUAGACAGAUCUGGACAGUGAAACAAUUUAAAUCAUCAUUAUCCAGCACUCUAAAAUCCUUGACAAGUGACUCAAUAUGAGACUUAAAAUAAGUAAAUACAUAUUAUUUUGAAAGAAUGUCUGAAAAUGUGAAUAUUGACAAGAUCAGGACAGGAUACAUGUUUGCACCAGGUAUAAACAAGGCUAUGGAGGCCUGUUGGGUGUACUACAAAGCAGAAUCAAUGAGUUAGCCAGCUAACUUUGAUAAACAACCAGAAAUAACUAUACAUUUUCAGGUUUAUUAUGAAAGCUUAACUUAGUUACUGUAUGUGUUUUUGGAAGUUGAAUCAAUUAGACCAUUCCAAGCGUAUCUUUCUGAAACAAAUAAGAAGUUAUUUCAGAAUAUUUAGGAGUUAGCUGGCUAACUCAAUGAUCCUGCUGUGUAGUGCAACCCUCAGCUCAACUCUCCCUGGCACACAGAGAGGGUAUGAGCCAGAUCUCGUAACAUUCCCCAAAUACAUGUUAGGAUUUUGGCCGUUUUCCCAAAGCAAAGUCAAGUAACCCUAAAAUACCAUUUGGUGGUAAUGUUACAAUCAGCAUCCUCGACUCCAACCAAGCCUUAGGCCUUUACAGUUGCUGUAUUCAGAAAUCAUAUAGUUUAUUUAUUUAACUAGGCAAGUCAGUUAAGAAAAGAAUUCUUAUUUUAAAUGAUGGCCUAGGAACAGUGGGUUAAACUGUCUUGUUCAGGUGCAGAAUGACAUAUUUUUCACCUUGUCAGCUCAGGGAUUUGAUCUUGCAACCUUGCGGUUACUAGUCCAACGCUCUAACCACUAAGCUAUCUGCCGCCCCAGUGAAAUGUUUCAAGUGAAGAACACCCCAGGUAACUCACUGAACCAAACGUGAGUUCUGUUGUUGUGAAGGCACAGCUAGCGGAGGGUAGACAAGAGUAGCAUGGUCCAAUGUAGAAUUACAUUGAGAGAGUUCUAGCGUUGCCAGACUAUUGUUGUUAUCUGAACGGCAGCAUUCCUGCCCUGUCAACACCAGCCUGCCGCUCAGAGACACAGUGGAGUGGAAACUGUGUUCCUACCCACUAGUCAUACCAUAGACCAGGGAUCUCCAACCCUGUUUCUGGAGAGCUGACCUCUUGUAGGCUUUUGCUCUAAUCCCAGUUUUAUCUAACCUGAUUCAGCUUAUCAACCAGCUAAUUAUUAGAAUCAUGUGAGCUAGAUUUGUUAUUUGGUAUUUUGUUAGGAUCCCCAUUAGCAGCGACUCCUCCUGGGGUCCAACACAAAACAGGAAAACUUGACAUAAUACAGAACAUGAAUAAACAGCUGAAGGACAGAACUACAUACAUUUAAAAAAGGCACACAUACUGAAGCCUAGAUAUCAAUACAUACACACAAAUAUCUAGGUCAAAUAAGGGAGAGGCGUUGUGCCGUGAGGUGUUGCUUUAUCUGUUUUUUGAAACUAAGUUUGCUGUUCAUUUGAGCAAUAUGAGAUAGAAAGGAGUUCCGUGCAAUAACGGUUCUAUAUAAUAUUGUACGCUUUCUUGAAUUUGUUAUGGAUUUGGGGACUGUGAAAAGACCCCUGUGUGUAAGUUGACUACGCAAACAAUUUUUAAUUUUCAACACUGUAAUGUUUCUUAUAAAAAUAAGUGAUGCAGUCAGUCUCUCCUCAUCUCUUAGCCAAGAGAGACUGGCAUACAUACUAUUUAUAUCAGCCCUCUGAUUACAAUGAAGAGCAAGAUGUGCCACUCUGUUCUGGGCCAGCUACAGCUUAAUUAGGUCUUUUGCAGCAUUUGACCACAUGACUGGACAAUAAUCAAAAUAAGACAAAACUAGAGUCUGCAGGACUUGCUUUUUGGAGUGUGGUGUAAAAAAUGCAGAGCACCUCUUAAUUACGGCCAGACCUCUCCCCAUCUUUACAACCAUUGAAUCUAUAUGUUUUGACCAUGACAGUUUACAAUCUAAGGUAAUGCCAAGUAAUUUAGUCUCCUCAACUUGUUCAACAGCCACAGAAUUCAUUACCAGAUCCAGCUGAGGUCUAGAGCUUAGGGAAGGAUUUGUACCAAAUACAAUGCUCUUAGUUUUAAAGAUGUCCAGGAUCAGUUUAUUACUGGCCACCCAUUCCAAAACUGACUGCAACUCCUUGUUAAGGGUUUAAGUGACUUUAUUAGCUGUGGUUGCUGACACGUACAGUGGGGCAAAAAAGUAUUUAGUCAGCCACCAAUUGUGCAAGUUCUCCCACUU